UUUUACGCGCCCAUUUAUUAAGAAUCGAAAAAAAGCCACAAAAUCACCUUUCCUUUUCCAUAAAAAAUCCCCCAAAAUUUCCCCCCUUUUCACUUUCUCUCUCCUCUCUCACUACUCUUCACUCUCUAAUCUCUCACUCUCUCCACUGUUUUUGGAGAUUUCAUCAAAAACCCCAUUUCAAAUGGAAGAUCAUAAACACUUAGAUCUAAUUAAAGAGCUUGUUCAUCGAUUAAUUUCACAACCCCAAAACCCUAACACUAACCCUAACACACCAAAUUCUAUGAACCCUAAUUUCUCAAUCGACCCCAAUCAGUUCAAUCAAGCUACCCGUUACGCAAUUCGCAUACUUUCGAGUCGAAUGACGCCUUCAAUUGCUGCAGAUGAGGGUGCAAUGGCAGAAUCAAUUAAACGUCAUCUCGUUACUCAAGGUAAAUCAUCUCAAGCACUAUCUUUUGCGGAUCUUUAUUCUAAAUUUGCGUCGAAAACUGGACCUGGGAGUAUAAAUAAUAAGUGGGCAGUGCUUUAUUUGCUUAGGGUGGUUUCGGAAGACCGUAAAAUGUCGAAAAAACAUACUAGUUCGAUUGUUUCUAGGGGUUUGCCUGCUAUUUUUGAUGGCCAGUUGAGUGAGAAUUCAAAAGUUCGUAGUGAUAAAGAUGUGGGUUGGAGUGGUGGGGUUUUAAUGGUGUCGAAAGACCCGGAAAAUAUUAGGGAAGUCGCGUUUAGGGAGUUUACAAACUUGUUGAAGGAAGAAAAUGAGAUUUCUGAGGAGGUUUUGGUUAGGGAUGUGUUGUAUGCUUGUCAAGGGAUUGAUGGGAAUUAUGUUAAGUUUGAUGAAAAUGUUGAUGGGUAUAUAUUGUGUGAUUCGAUCAAGGUACCGAGAGCUACUAGGAUUAUGACUAGGAAGCUUUGUGAAUUAGGUUGGCUGUUUAGGAGAGUUAAAGGGCAUAUAACGGAUUGUAUGGGUCGGUUUCCAACUGAAGAUGUUGGUACUGUGGGGCAAGCAUUCUGUGCGGCGCUGCAGGAUGAGCUUACUGAGUAUUAUAAGCUUUUGGCCGUGCUUGAAGCACAAUCAAUGAAUCCCAUUCCACUAGUUUCAGAAGGCGCUAGUUCGGGGAAUUAUCUUUCUUUAAGGAGACUAUCAGUUUGGUUCGAGGAACCUUUGGUGAAAAUGAGGCUGAUGGCUGUUUUGGUCGACAGUUGCAAGGUUUUGAGGGGUGGGUCUAUGUUGGGGGCUAUUCAUAUGCACGCUCAACAUGGGGACCCAUUAGUUCAUGAGUUUAUGAAACGUCUGCUCCGUAGGGUUUGCUCGCCCCUGUUUGAAAUGGUUAGAAGCUGGGUCUUGGAAGGUGAGCUUGAAGAUAUAUUUGCCGAGUUUUUCGUAGUGGGCCAGCCUGUCAAGGCUGAGUCUCUUUGGAGAGAGGGUUAUCGACUGCACGCCGGGAUGCUUCCUUCUUUCAUCUCACCAUCCCUUGCGCAGCGUAUAUUAAGAACAGGGAAGUCGAUUAAUUUUCUUAGAGUAUGUUGUGAGGACCAAGGUUGGGCUGAUGCUGCAACUGAGGCUGCAGCUGCUGCGGGUACAACAACAGGAAGAGGUAGUCUUGGAUAUGGAGAAACUGAUGCUCUUGAAUUACUGGUUGAUGAAGCAGCAAAAAGAAUUGAUAAGCAUCUAUUGGAUGUUAUCUACAACUGCUAUAAGUUCAAAGAACAUUGUACGGCAAUCAAGCGUUAUUUGUUACUUGGGCAGGGUGACUUUGUGCAGUAUCUAAUGGACAUAGUUGGGCCAGAACUCUCUGAGCCUGCGAAUACCAUAAGUACAUUCAAGCUAGCUGGUUUGUUGGAGACUGCUAUACGGUCAUCAAAUGCUCAAUAUGAUGAUCGUGACAUAUUAGAUAGAUUAAGGGUCAAAAUGAUGCCACACAAUACUGGAGACAGGGGUUGGGAUGUGUUCUCACUGGACUAUGAUGCCAGAGUUCCAUUGAACACUGUUUUCACAGAAUCUGUUAUGACAAGAUACCUAAGAAUUUUCAAUUUCUUGUGGAAGCUAAGGCGAGUUGAGCAUGCGCUGAUCAGUGUUUGGAAGACAAUGAAGCCUAACUGUAUCAGCUCCCACUCCUUUAUUAAAUUGCAAAAUGCAGUUAAGAUGAAGUUGCUUUCAACAUUGCGGAGGUGUCAAGUUCUUUGGGAUGAGAUGAAUCAUUUUGUCUCAAAUUUGCAGUAUUACAUAAUGUUUGAAGUCUUGGAGGUUUCAUGGUCUAACUUCUCCAAUGAAAUGGAAGCAGCAAAAGAUCUUGAUGACCUGCUUGCUGCCCAUGAAAAGUAUCUCCAUUCUAUAGUGGAGAAGUCUCUUCUUGGGGAGAAAUCACAGAGCUUAUAUGAGACAUUAUUUGUCUUGUUUGACCUAGUACUGCGGUUUAGAAGUCUUACAGACAGAUUAUAUGAAGGGAUAUACGAAUUGCAAGCAAGGUCCUCUGACUCACACGACAAGAGAAAACUAUCCAGGCAAUCAAGUCGCAUAUCCGCAGAGGCUGGCUCAUGGGCCACCGAGGGUAGGAAGGCCUUGACCCAACACGCUGCUAAGUUUCUUAGCAAUAUGAGCCAGGAGCUGGAUGAUGUUGGAAAGAAAUAUUCAUCCUUGCUUACAGGAUUCAUUUCUCAGCUGCCAGUACAGCAACACAUUGACUUGAAGUUCCUCCUAUUCCGGCUUGACUUCACUGAAUUUUAUAGCCAGUCACUGCCCAACAUCUGAAGAUGGCAUUCUGUAUAGAAAUUUGAGUUUUUGAGGGUGCUUUGAAUUUUCAAGUGUGAAGGAUCAGUAGAGUGCUAUUAUCGAUUUGAUUGAUUCAUUUACUGUCUGGUUCAUCAGUGGGACAAUCAGGCAAGAAAAGAGCUUCCGCAAUUGGAGAGAGAAGGACGAGGUUCUUGAUCUUGAUAAUGCUCCAUAUUAAUAAAUGGCUGAAAUUAAAGCUGCUACGGGAAAGGUUUGUUCUCUGACUCUAUAUCUGAGACACUGUCAUCAAUGUAAUGACACAAAUCUGUAAAUCUAUGGAAAGGUCAGGGUUGGACUGGGGGAGUCUAACACCAUCUGAUUGAUGAUAGUAGCUGUAUAAAUUAAUAGAAAGUGAGAUGCAAGUAUUCAGAGAGAUUCUCAACAUUCAUGUUUACAUCUGUAGUUUGUCCGUAUUGUGUGGGUGUAUCUUCUUUUCUUUUAGCAGUUUUGGUUAGCUUAGGGAGAGGGAGGCAUCAUUCUUUAACAGUAGCAAAGGGGUUAACCUUCUAUAUGUUAGUCCAAACUCUUAGGUCUUGUUAGCAUCUGCUCACCUGUAUAUGACCUCUCUAUCGUAAUCAUAAUUUCGUUUGGUUUUGCCAAGUUCUAUUUUACGCCACAUGAUACCAUGUUCCUGGUUUGUUGAACUCAAACAUGGUACUUGGGCUAUUUGAUUCACUUUAA